AGGAGCCUGAUGGAAGUGUUGGAUUUGGACGAGCUGCAUUCCCCUGUCAACAGCAGGGGAAGAUGAUUUCUUCAGCUAUUGAAUGUCACUUGAGACUUCAGUGAGCAGAACCAGCCUGACUUGAGGUUCGUCGCUGAGACGCUGCGCCGCUGUGAGCCAACUCUUCAGUCAUCCUUCUCUCUCUUCACAUGGAUAACAUCGACAGCACAGCUGACAGACACCACAUCUGUCUUGCAUCCCAACCUUUGGACUCUUCUCCGUUAAUGUUGGAUCAGGUCAGUGGAGUCAAACGAUGACUGAUGAUGUGUGGCAGUGUCUUGAAAAAAGCCUGGAUAAUGAAACUUUAGCCAUUACCGGCAGGACUAAUGGAGGCCGACCCAAAGUGCAAGUUGUCCAAUAAAUCUCCAAGUUCUUUUGGCUCAGUGCGAACUUACUGGUUAGUUUUCAUGAUUAUGGGGGCGAACGCUUGCCCCAAGAGCUGUCACUGCUCCGACCGCAGCGGCCUGGUGGUGCAGUGCACCGGCAGGAAUCUUGAGACAAUCCCAUCCAACUUGCCAGAGGACACAGUUGUUCUCCUGCUCUCAUCGAAUCGGAUCAAACACCUCCCUAAAGAGGGCUUUGCGGACCUCCGCCGCCUCAGGGAGCUGCACUUAUCUCAUAACGACAUUGAGAGCUUAGAGGUUGGUGCCUUUGAUGGAAUCGCUGACGGUUUAAGGAUUUUGGAUUUGUCCAACAACCACCUCAGCAGCCUCCCCAAGGACACGUUCACUAAACUCAACGCAAAGGUCCGCUUGUCCAACAACCCAUGGCACUGCGAGUGCUCGCUACAGGAGGUUCUGCGGGAGCUGCGGCUUGACCCGGAGACGGUCAACCAGGUUAGCUGCUACACAGCAGUGCAGGAGGAGUACGUGGGGCAGCCGGUCAUCCAGGUGCUGGACUCUGGGAUCAACUUUUGCAACUUCCACCAGAAGACCACCGACGUCGCCAUGUUUGUAGCCAUGUUCUGCUGGUUCUCCAUGGUCACCGCCUACAUCAUUUACUACAUCAAACACAACCAGGAGGACGCCAGGCGCCACAUGGAGUACCUGAAGUCUUUACCAAGCAUCUCAAACAACAGCAAAGACUAUGACACAGCCAGCAGCAUCUUCUAGCUUUCCUCAUACAUCUGAGAGUAUUCAGUGAGUAACCAAGCAGCACAAUAACAAACAUCACUUCCCAGAAAAAACAUUAGCUUCUCAAAGAUUUGAUAAAUAUACAUGCCCAAAAACCCUUAACAAUAGUGAUGUGUUGUUGAGGUAUCAUGAAACACUGUCCUCAUUUUCAGGGGCCACUACAUGCCGCUGUUGGUUUAGAAACGGUGUGAAGUUUCAUUAAUUUAGUCGGUCCAUAGCGGACACUGGCACCUGGUGACCUUUGAAAAUCAGAACACCAUUUCAUGAAACGCCAUAAAUCCAUCAAAACUGUGUCAUGAAACCCACCCAUCACUAACCAAGAAAUAUAAUAAUUUCACUUCAUUAGAA